AUGGAGAUCAAGCCAUUAAACCUAAGAGGUCAAUAUUACACUAACGAGCUUAUCGAGCUUGCUUUCGAUAUUGUCAACGAGGAAGAUGCGGAUGCUCAGGUCAAACUUGACAUUGUUGUACUAGGUGAAGAUCCACCAAACUUCAGAGUGAAGGUCUCUGAUAAGGACGAGAGCCGAGCGCUCGCAGAUGGCGACGAGUCGAAGCUGCUGGCUAUCCCACUCGAUGUCCUCAAGAGUUCUGAGUCAAAUCGUGUAAAUAUUUUCUUGACACCACUGGAACGAACGAGCGCAUACACAUUGACACUAAAGGCGCACUACAACCUUGUCACAGACCCAGCUACGCCAAUCGUUCAAACUUCAGAGUUUCACCUCGACAUUGCAAGCCCCUUUGAGGCGAACUAUGAUCUUUUCCCGAGCCUACAUACGGAUGCUUGGCCAAGUCUGUUCGAUUACGAGGGCGUGCAAGGCUUCGACAAUGACAGUCAUGCUUCACAGCAACCUCGAGGUUUGUCCCAAGCAUGGCGCCUCGCCACACACUAUGCCUCUUUCGCUUCAGACGACCUCAAGGUUACAGACCUGGAUAUCGAUGUCGCACCUGCUCAUGGUGUCCGCUGCCACGUCACCAAACGAGAGAAGACUCCUGCAGAAGGCAUAUUGGUCAGCCCUAGUAAGAUUCAGGAUGCGGAAUUCGAAGUAGUGGCACAGAAGUCUAGCCUAGAUGACCGAAAUCCUGUCAGCCUUGACGUGACUUUCCUAAUCAAAUGGACUCGCCUGGGGGAAGAAGAGGUCAUCAACAGGACCAUCUUGCCAGUGCCCCGAUUGAAUAUCUUCGGCUCUGAGCCACGCGUAUUGGCAUCUGUCUCUUACACGAUGAAUGACCCGAGGCUUGUCCUGCUGCAAAUCACGAUCGAGAACCCAUCAAAUCACUUCCUCACAUUUGGCCUGACGAUGGACCCCAGUGAAGAGUUUGCCUUUUCUGGCUCCAAGCAGACGACUAUGCAUCUCUUGCCUCUCUCUCGUCGAUCUACUGUUUAUCGACUGCUUCCACUUGUGGAGGAUGCUUGGGUCAAGGAAACCUGGAUCAAGCCAACCCUAGUGGUGCGAGAUAAAUACUUCCAGAAAGUCCUGAGAGUAAUCCCGACCGAGGGCAUGAAGCUGGACAAGGACGGUUUUGUGGUUUAUGUACCAGGAAAGCAGGAUGUAGCGUCUCAAUAA